ACUGUAGCGUGCAAUCAAGACAGAAAGCGGAAGACGCCGUCGCUUAGCAACCAAUGGGCCAAACAAGCGCGAGCAACAUCGGAGGAGUUUGAAAACGUGACAUAUUAGCAUUAGCAUGAGCGUAAUAUAAUUUCAGCUAAUUAAACAGUCUCUUGAAAACCAUUGAAUCUAUAUUUAUUUUGUUUGACCUUUUAAUCAAAUGGCAGCCAAGAAGAAAGAAGCGACCCUGCAGGCGUCUGUCACAAAUCAAGAACAGUGGGAAGAGAUGCUUGCAACCAAGGGUUUAACCGUUGUAGAUGUGUACCAGCAGUGGUGUGGUCCUUGUCGAGCUGUGGUUAGUUUGCUACGGAAAAUAAAGAAUGAACUGGGUGAUGACCUGUUACAUUUUGCCACGGCUGAGGCAGACAGUAUAGAUGCUCUGGAGAAGUAUCGAGGGAAAUGUGAGCCCACUUUCCUCUUCUACGGGUGUGGUGAGCUAGUGGCUGUGCUGCGAGGGGCCAAUGCUCCUUUGCUUCAGAGGAUGAUUGUAGAGGAACUAGCCAAGGAAAAGUUGGUCCUGGAACAAGGUGGUGAACGCAGAGCGGUUAAAGAUGACGGUCUGGUGGAUGAUGAGAAGAAAGAAGAGGUGUCUCGGCAAGUAGAAAAUGAAGAAAGCAUAAUUGUACCUGCUUGUAAAUCAUACACUGUUGCCAUCAUCAAACCAGAUGCUGUUGCUCAUGGCAAGGCAGAUGAGAUCAUUAUGAAGAUUCAGGAUGCUGGGUUUGAGAUCCUGGCCCAUGAGCAGCGCACGUUGACUGAGGUGGAGGCUCGAGAUUUUUACCAGCACAAAGCAGCAGAGGCUUGCUUUGAGGAUUUGGUGCAGUUUAUGUCCAGUGGUCCCUCCCAUAUUCUGGUACUCUCUCAGGUAGAGGGCUCAGACAACAUUGUACCAGCAUGGCGUGAGUUCAUUGGCCCAGCAGAAUUGGAGGAAGCCAGGAGAGAAAAGCCAGAGAGCUUGCGGGCGCAAUACGGCACACAGACACUGUUUAACGCAGUGCACGGUAGUGAGGACAGUGACCAGGCCAGCAGGGAGCUCGCCUUCUUCUUCCCCAACUUUAGGAUGGCCUCAGCAACAGAGCAGGAUGGGGAGGAAGAGCCUGUGGAGAGGACACUGGCUCUUAUCCGGCCAGACGCUGCCAGGGAAAACAGAGAAGAGAUCUUGGCUCAAAUCUAUAAGUCAGGCUUCACAGUGCCCCUCCAAAGAGAGGUGAAGCUGACAGAGGAGCAGGUCAGGCAGUUUUACUUUCAGCAUGUUGAAGAGGACUACUUCCCUGCUCUGCUUCAAAGCAUGACAAGGGGUCCAGUGCUAGCUUUGAUUUUAGCUGGACCAGGGGCUGUCCAUCACUGGAAGAACAUCCUUGGUCCUUCUGAUAUUAAUAGAGCCAAAGAAGAGAGCCCUGACUGUCUAAGGGCCAGGUUUGCUGUGGAGAAUGAGCCCCUCAGCCAGCUUCAUGGCAGUGCAAGCCUUGAAGACGCAGAACGAGAGAUCAACUUCUUCUUCCCUAAACAGCGGACGCUGGCAGUGAUCAAACCUGAUACCAUGGAGGAACACAGAGAGAAUAUCUUGGAGGAAAUCCGUGGAGGCGGAUUCUCUGUAACACAGCUGAAGGAGACAGUGCUGUCGAGGCAGAUGGCUGAGGAGUUUUACAAAGAGCUCAGGGAGAAGCCUUUCUUCAGCCAGCUGGUGGAAUUCAUGUGUCGCGGGCCCUGUACGAUUCUUGUCCUGACCAAGGAAAAUGCUGUGGAGGAGUGGAGGUCCAUGAUGGGCCCCACUGACCCCAACCACGCUAAAGCAACCUCCCCAAGCUCUCUGAGGGCACGCUUUGGCUCCGACAUCCUCCACAAUGCUGUCCACGGUGCCUCCAGUGAGCAGCAGGCAGACGAGAAGAUUCAUUUUAUCUUCGGUGACAUCGGCUCAGAUGCAAAGCUCACCUCUGAUGGGGAGACUGACAGAACAAUUUCAGAUGACCCACAAUUUGUGACGAUCCAGAACCCUUAAAUGGAACCAGUACACCAAGUAUUUUCUCAUGUAUUUUUGGCCUAUUUU